GGCUGCACCAUCUACCCCGUGCUGAGCUCGGCGCUGAAGGACCCCCGGCACUUCAAGAACCCCGAAGUCUUCGACCCCCAGCACUUCCUGGAUGAGAAGGGGGCGUUCAAGAAGAACGAAGCCUUCAUCCCCUUCUCUGCAGGGAAGCGCAUGUGCCUGGGGGAGAGCAUGGCGCGGACGCAGCUCUUCCUCUUCCUCACCGCCAUCCUGCAGCGGUUUCGGCUGCGGCUCCCCCCCGGGGAGGCCCCCCCGGAUCUGAGCCCCCGGGUCAGCGGCAUCUCCAACGUCCCCUGGUCCCUGCGGGUCUGCUUCUGCCCCCGCUGA